UAACCGACGUACUCCUUCCCUCAAUCACAAUUCACAAAUAAAAUCACGCCUCACACAUCUUCCUCCUUCCCUCACUCACGGUUGCUACCUUAAUCCUUUCUCCCUCACUCACGGCUGACCCACGAACACCACCAUCAACCGGAAGCCCGCCCACGAGCUCCACCACCAAGAGCAACCACUUCUCCUCCUUCCUUUAUUGUUGUUCAAGAUUGCAAGGUCCUUCAAUGGUGAUUGAGGGUCUAUCUCUUACAGGGGGUAGAUCCACUUUCAGGUUGCCAUUUUUAGUGCGGAUGGAUGUGCUGCUCAUUUAUGUGUCAUGUGUUGCGAUAGCGAGGACAUCGUUUUCGAAAGGUUAACUUAUAAUGAUAUUUUGACAAAUCAUGUCUUUUGAAAAAAAAUAGAUAGUUUAUAAUGUAUUAACUUAGUUUAUAACUAGGUUGUAAGUAAUUGUAUUACAGUUUUGUAAAGUUUUUAAAUACUCUGAUAUUGGUUGCUGUGGCUAUCGAGCCACAGGUCGGAUUCAGCCCAGACUUUUAUAAGUCUUCCGCUGUGCUUUGUAGACAAUAUUAUUAUAUUGUUUACGCCGGUUUGGGUUGUUUCAUCUCAAUUCCUCCAAAAUUUCAUAAAUUAAUUUUAGCACUUAAAUGCCAUCAUCAAUCACACAUUAAGUUGCAUACUAAACUUAGCCAUCAUAAAUCUUUCAUAGGAUUCCAUCUCUAUACUUACACUAGUGCAUAGUCAUAAAUGAUGCAUUUAAGUCACCAAUUAAUACUAAUAUAAUUAAUUAAUAAUUAAAUUAUAUAUACAAACCCAUCUCAAUCUCAUACUAGACUUAAGAUAGUUUUACAUGACAAACGUCUCAUUUAAAAAUUUGUUUUUAUUCGCAUUACAAACUCGAAGGGAAGAGGACCACGUGGAAUUGAGGGGGUAAAAAUUAUACCAAUUGACAAUUUUCGAGUUGGAUUCUACUAUCUGGUUUUGGGUCAGACUAACCAAGAAAAAAUCUAUAUUCGAAUUCCUACAAGGCUACAAUGUCUUACUCAAUUGAGGAAAUUAACAAACCAAAACAGAUUAACAGAAACCUCCAUUUUCCAUCAAUGGCCUCUCCUUCACACGGUGGUGUAGAAACUCCGAAGAAAACAGCAGUAAGCUUCUGGAAGAACGCCAUGAAAAGGAAGCACAACUUCAUCCAAUUUUUCGCCAUGACUGGAAUUCUUCUUAUCAGUAUGCGUUCUCUAGGUCAAAAGUACCGUCUACAUGACCUUCAAGAAGAUACUGCUGCACUUGAAGAUGAACACCGUUCUCUUACUAAUCGUAUGAACCACAUUAAAUCUAGUCUUCGCCAUGAAGCUUCUCUCGAUUCCUCUGGAAUGUUCGCCAAGCGUCUUCGUCUCCUCUUCGGCGAUGAUCAGUAAUAUCGUUCGUUCUAAUCGUAUGUACUACAUCAAAUCUAUUCUUCGUCGUAUAGCAUCUCUCGAUUCUUCCAGAAUGUUUGCUUCUCGUCUUUGACUCUUGCUGCGAUGAUUAGUAAUGUGUUAUUUUUUCUGAAUUAUCUUAAUGUUGUAUUAAUGUUAGGGUUUAGGGUUUAUGCGGCAUUUUGUGCAAUAAUGUAAUCACUAAAUAAGUAUGUUCAGCAAAAUUAUGAUGGAACUAUAUGAAUAUUUUUUUUGUUUUCCGAUUAAGUAUGGUAAACAAAGGUUUGGGGGCAGAUAGUGCCUCUUUUAAUUGUGUGUCCUUAUUUAUGUGAAGGUAUGAUGAUUUUUGCAAUUAAAAGUUAAUCUAUGUGGAAGUCGUUUCGUGUAAUUGGAUAUUGCAAUGCUUUAUGGAAUUACAUGUGAAAGCUUGUGAUUUUCCGAAGUGUUCAAAAUUCUAAUCUUGUCACAGUUUGACCUAUGAAUCUGCCAUUUAGAACCAAUUCAUAGGUGAAUCUUAUAGAUGUAAAUUGAAAUUCGUUCAACUGAUUAACUGACCUGCUCACUUGGAGGAAGGUGCCUUAUCGAUUUGGAGGAACGAUAGUUAGUUACUUUAUCUAGAUGGCUUAGCUAGGAUUAGGUCUUUUGCUUAGCUAAAGUAUGACUGGCUUGAUGAUUAUGUAACAAUGAUUUUGAGCGGGUACCUUUUGGUUAUAAUUUUAGAUGCUAUGUUGAAGGUGGUGCUUCAUGUAUUUUGGAUAAGGAUUACGUAUUCAUGAAAUCCCAUUUCCAUUGGACGAUGUGUGUGCUUUGUUACUUUUAUAGAUUAAAGGUUUUGGUUUAUUUUAUUAAGCUAAUGAAGUGAAGACAGAAUGACAAGAUCUUUGUUAGUUGCUGUUCAAUGCUUUUUUUUUUUUUUUGUUAGAGGGUGAUUAGAGCAGUCAUAUGUUUAAGCAAGUCUUGGUCGUGACAUGACAAAUUAAUCUAUUCCCAAUUAUUACUUGAGGAAAGAGGGAGUUUGUUGCUUGUGUAUUUAGGAUGGAAUGUUUCUACUAUAAAAUAUUCGUUGAUCAGCCUUCUUUUAGUUAUGGAGGUCACAUGCAACUUUGUUCAAAGAUGGCUAUUGUACUAGGAAGUGGAUAUUGGGUGCUUGUUAAUGUUGUUGAAGCUUUGAAGUGGAAUUGCAUCAAGUAGAUUUGUGAACAUAUCUAUCAACCCACUCUCCGCUAAUUAUGCAGUCAUUACAACAAUGGCAAAGCUUAAGAUUAGGGUCAGUUAAACCAAUAAAUCUUUUACAGCGGUCAUCCAAAUGAAUUCUCCUUUUCCUUUCAUGUUAAUUUUCUACCAUCUCCACUUGUUAAUCUAAAUCCUUCAUAGUUGUUUCCACUCUUGCCCUCCAAGUCAUUAAUUCAUUUACAGUCUUUUUCUCUCUCUUUUUAACUCUAUUGAGUUUUAACUUUCUAUCUUCUUUACCAGUUUACUAAUUAAUAUAAUAUAUAUUGGCCUUAUGAUGGAAGAUUCAUUUUUAAGAUAAAGAUGAAAAAAACUAUAAUACCAGUUCACUAAGUAAGUUAAUAUAUAUUCUCCUUAUGAUGGAAGAUUCAUUUUUAAGAUAAACAUGAAAAAACUAGAAUUGGCGGGACAUAAGAUUAAAAGUCAAAUUGCUGAUUGUAUAUGUUUUGCUAAAUGUUGAUGUAACUAUGUGUUCGUUUUUUCUUUUCUAUAUGAUUUGUUUGAGUUUGUUGAAAUUGGCUGAAACGAUCUUCCAUAAUGGAAGCAUGUUUAAUCAACAGGAUUUUUGUGAAGCUUGUAGCUGAUAGCUUAAUUUUGUUUGAUG